ACCCUCUCUCUUCGGCCUUGGAACUCGCUGCCAGUUGCUCUACCCCCCUGCAGGGUACAGCUGAGCUGUUAUUUCCACGUGCUUGAAGCAGAUUCUCCCUCCGACAAAGGUCGCACGCAGAUCUUUGACGGAGAUUCUUCCCACUCCUUUCAUCAUGCCGGGCGGUGUGUGCGCGGUUCUCGAUUACGAGACCGACAUGAUGUCCGACUAUGUUGCUGAUAUGGCAACCCGACUCGUCAUUCCUCGUACUUCAGUAACCGCGGCCUUCCGCAAAUUCGUCAACCAAAUCCUGACUUCCACUCGUCUGCCUAGUACCACCAUCUUGUUGGGCAUGAACUACCUCGCCAAGCACAUCAACAUGCACAAGCCCGCAGGUACCUACGAUGCCGUUUGCGAAGGUGAAGCCUGGAAGAUGCUUACUGUUGCUUUGCUCCUUGGCAGCAAGUUCCUGGAUGAUAACACAUUCCAGAAUCGCUCUUGGUCCGACGUCAGUGGUAUUGCUGUUGCCGAACUCAACACCAUGGAAGGCAAAUGGCUACAGGAUAUGGACUGGUUGCUCUACGUGAACGUUGAUCGUAGUCAUGACUACGAAGCCUGGUUGAACAGCUGGAAACGGUAUCGAGACAACGAAUGCCGUGCCAUCCGGCAACAGCAGUCUCAAGCUGCUCAAGCUGCUCUUCGCGAGAGAUUGGCGCCCAUCGUCACCUCCAUUCGUACCGAAGCAGCGAGACAGCCCCAUCACCCACUUUCAUACGAAGGCUGGACCCCCGAGGAGAUUGCGGAUCAGGAACGCCUUGCUAUGAAUGGGAGAAACGGUCGACCUGCCAAGGUUUCUUAUCGACCUCGCGAGGGUUCGUGGCCCAAUCGCUAUCAAAACCCUUGGACCCAAGCUCCAUUAACACCCCCGGAUUCGGGUUACGGCACGCCCGAGUACUUGAACUCGGCUGCAUCGGUUAAUUCACGAUAUAAUGAAUGGUUCAGUCAAGCUGUGGCCAACCAAAACUAUGGUCGCUACAAUACUCACCACAACUAUUCUUCAUCUAGAGGUGGCUCACAUUUCCAUCAGCCCUACUUCGGCCAAUAUGCCGGGCAUACGGGGUGGGACGCCGGUGUAGCUGAGUGUAACUGUGCGCAGUGCAUUUCGGCUAUUCACGCCAAAGCUGGUUCCUACUUUCACCCCCAUGCCUUUGGCCAACCUGUUAUCGGCUAACGCUGAUGUCUCGGAUAAGCUUUUGCGAGUUACCCGAGUUGAAUUAGGUCACUCUAGGUGGCCUUACUAUGUAGCAUGAACAGACUUUCGAGUGACAACGAAGUCUUUUGCUAUUGAUUAGCUGGAUACGGUUCUGACGGUUUCACGAACACAUUUCCUUUUUUCGACUUGAUACCCCUUUCGGCAAAAUGGUUGGGAGCGGCAAGUGCUCCAUAGGACUUGAGAUAAUUGAUCGGAUUCGAUUCGGCCUUCCGUUGCUUGGACAUCUUCGUACGACACCUACUGGGACCUUUUGAGGGCUCCAGUUGUGCCUCUGCGCAUCACUACAUACCGAACUGUCCUAUCUCCGGGUCCUUGGUACCCGACCGAAUCGCCUCUGGCGAUUUUUCCACUAUAAUGUUCAUUCCUGGCGUUCAUGACGGUUUUUUUUAAUUGCGGACAGGAGUUU